GAGAAGAAAGCCUCAAUACAAACUGAAUGUGAAUGGACACUGAAAGGUAACCACUCAGAAAGCAGCUGAUUGGGGCACUCAAUUACCACUAAAUAAUUCAGCAUCUCUAAUGGAAAUCAGAUCCAGUGUUUCCCCAGUGAAGGAACAGCCUUUCUUGGUUACCCAAUACUCAGCUAGCUACUCAAGGGCUUUAGAGAAAAACAAUAAAGUAAAAGGUAAGAAAUAUUUUAAUGGUGUUCACAUUCUCUUGGGUGCUUUCCUGGUAAGAAAUUCCCAACUUCCUAGCAGCUGCUGCCAUUAUGGGGAGACAUGGAGAGUGAGAGAAAGAAAUCAAUAUUUAAAUCUGAAACAGCCAGAAAGUUCAAGGAGGGGUGCCAGUAUUAACUGGUUUGUGUAUGUGUUUGGCCUUUCAAAAAAACCCAGUCUUAAGAGGAGAGAAGACAUUUUAAGUAAACAACUCAUUAGGAAUCACACAGCAAGGUUUGGUUAGCUCAUUACAAACACAUUUAAUUUAAGGAAGAAUAUUCAUGUGAGACUUUUGUCUAGAAACUUCAAUAAUAGAAUGAACUGUUGCAUAAAGUAAUGUGUUUUUUUCUCUCUCUCUCUCAAAACAGGAAGAGAAUAUUGAUUUCCCAGUCUUGGCCACCAGCCCCACCUUGUCUCACUAUAAGUACUGAGAUGAAUGAAUUUAUGUCUCUAAAAGCACUAAGCAAUCUUCAAGAGAGUACUGCUUUAUAAAUAAAAAAAGCUUUAUUAUUAUGGGGUAGAAAUGUUAGUGAGAAAGUUGGAACUCUUAUCAAAGGGUGUUGGUGCCCCGACAUUUGCUGUCAGCUCUGAAAAGGUGGCUGCGAAACUCAUUGUAUCCAAUUCUGGUUGGCUUGGGGCCCAGCAUACAGUGGGAUUUCUGGCCAAUGGCCUCAUACAGUGGGAUGGCUGGCGCCUGGCCCAGGGAUUAGAGUGCUUUCAUUUCUUUGUCUCAUUGAUAUUAGUCACAGAAUCUCCCUUUUCAUUUACAACCCAACACCCACCCCCACCCCACGCCACCCCAUGCAGGCUGGGGACAAGGGGGUGCAGAAGCAGAAGUUGCUGCAAACUCUGAGCUCUUGUACCCCAAGAGAAAGAAGAAAAUGUCCAUUUCCAACUCAGCUAUCCAACAUCUGUAUGUAUUUUGUUAUGCACAUUUACCAGGAAGUUGAUAGUCUGUUAUGUCCUUGAAAGGAGAAGUGCCAUAAAGAUAUAAGAUACUGUAAGUUAACCUUGGAUAAACAAGGUAUUCGGUAUCUUACGGCUUCUUUUUAUUUCUCCCUCUCUCCUCCUUUCUCCUCUUUCACCCUCCCUAAUGAACUAGUGACUAUUUUGAAAUUUCAUCUCAAAGAACAAUCUGGUGAACAUAAUUUGUGGGCACAUUUUCUUCAAUUCCUAGAUAUGUGUGUGUGUGUCUUUAUGUGUGUGGGUGUGUGGGUGUACUCUUUGGAAAAAGCCAUAUAUAUCAUUUAUUGAUAACUUUCCUUCAUGUCUUUCCUUUACAUGUGCAUGUGUAAUUGUGUAUUUGUGUGCAUGUAUGUGGUGUAUGCUUUGCAAAAUCCAUCAGUGAUAAUAUGCCCUAGAGCCACAUUCUGCUUGAGUCUUAGAAAAUGCUCUGCUGAGUUCCAUAGGAUAAACUUUGGUCUUGAAUAAUAAUAAUCAUGUCUGAGAUAUUUAUGCUCAGAAACUGAAAGUAAUUUCCAAAAUAAAACCAAGAACAUGAAUUCCUAAAUAGCAACUGAUCUAAAAAUAAACCACAGAGCUCCAAUACAUCACAACACAGUGACCAAGCUUUCAUCUCUUUGCCUAAUUCCCUUAAAAAUCAAUUUAUAUAAAAAUAGAAAUAUUAAUGCUUUAAAUAAGGUCUAAAUUGAAUAUAGGUAGAUAACCUUGCUCCUUUUCAUUAUAUUACAGAAUUGCCAUUAGUGAGAAAUCAGCUAAUUCCAGGCUGACUCCAUGCUUUGUACAUCUGCCAAAUUAAUCUUCCUGAAUAGAACCUGCAUUGUGUCAGUCUGUAUUGGAACACUCCCAAGUCACUGCAAUGUCCAUAAUAAAACAAAAUUCAAGAUCUGCCGCAAGGUUUUGCUUCGUCCCUCAGAUUGGAGUGCAGUGGUGUGAUCAUAGCUCAGUACAGCUUCGAACUCCUUGGCUCAACUGACCCUUCCACCUCACCCUUCCUAGCAGCUUGGACUACAGGUGAAAUCUGAUUAAAACAAACACUGCUUGCUUCACACGGAAGUGGAAUCACAAAAGGAAAACAGGUAACCUGAAGCCUGUGUGUAGGAGAAAGGAACACAGCUUCCUUAUUUAGUUGUUUCAUUUGAGAAUUGUAUGUGGUAUGUAUAUGAAGAGUUUGGGAAGGGGGAUAAACUGUAGGUGUGUAAGUGCAUCUCUGAUGCCUUUCCUUUUGAAAAACUUGAUUGACUGCUUGAUUGAGUUUGUAGAGCCACGUCUGGUUCCAGCCAACUUCUCCAAGGGACAUUUCUACAGGUAGCUGUCAAUAUAAGAGCCCCAAGUCCCUAAAAACUACUUGCCACAAGACAAUGCUUCUAAUUUGGGGAUUUAAGGAUAGUUCUAAGUAAACAAAUUGCUUAAUAAAUAUUUGUCAAAUUGAAAUGAAGGGAUGUAACCUCAGAAUUAUGAAAAAUGUGGUCUAUUUUACAACCAGUUUGGGAUGGACGCCAUCAAAUGAUAAGCUGACCAGUAAAAGUAAAAGUAGGUAAAAGGAACUAGCCACGGAGCAGGAAAAGCUGAUAAGUGGCAGAAAAUCUCGAAAUUUACAUUUCAAAAAUGUUUGGGUGAAUUUGUAUAAUACAUCUUAAUCCUUUUACACAAUACUUUUAUCUCAUCUUUAUCGUAAAUAUUUACCUAUGCAUUGCCUUAGCGUCUUUCCUGUAUUGAAUGAAAUGACAGUUCCAGAGACGCAAAGCCCAGCCUCCAAGUUUUACAAACCUCAGAGUCUGAGCUACUUUGACGAAUCCUCUAAAUUCUUGGGUGUCAAAGGCAUGUUACUAAAUAGGUUGCUAAAGGCACCAAGGAAACCAAAAAAGGAAAGAGCUCUCCCUAAAGGUAAGUAGCACUUAAUUGGGAACUUUGAGACGUCUGUCACUCUUUGUGACAAUUGAGAAAAAGUACUUUGUACAUUUUGUGCUUUGCAGGUGAGAUGUGACUGACAGCUGGGUAACUGUCUCUGUGUUUAGAGAGGGCUUUCGUGGGUGGAAGAAGAGGCUGGUUUGAAGAGAGUGCUUUUCCAUUCUGAAUCUCAUUAAAGGAUUGUGGGGGGCCAAAAAUGUAACCUAAAAUGCCAUCAAUUGUCCAUUUAAAAUAUCCUAUUUGGCAAAGUGGCUUUGCACUCAUCUGAAGAAUAGAUCAUGGGUGGAGUUUGGAAAAGAAAUGUUGUGUUUCGUCUCUGCUAAAAACAAAACAAGGUACCAUCUCAUGGCCUCUUGGUUCAAAUCCGUUUUCUUGCUCCGCGGGGAGAGACUGCCCCUGGAGUAUUCUGCUUUUAAUAAGCUUCCCAAUCAGCUCUCGAGUGCAAAGCGCUCUCCCUCCCUCGCCCAGCCUGCGUCCUCCUGGCCCGCUCCUCUCAUCCCUCCCAUUCUCCAUUUCCUUUCCGUUCCCUCCCUGUCAGGGCGUAAUUGAGUCAAAGGCAGGAUCAGGUUCCCCGCCUUCCAGUCCAAAAAUCCCGCCAAGAGAGCCCCAGAGCAGAGGAAAAUCCAAAGUGGAGAGAGGGGAAGAAAGAGACCAGUGAGUCAUCCGUCCAGAAGGCGGGGAGAGCAGCAGCGGCCCAAGCAGGAGCUGCAGCGAGCCGGGUACCUGGACUCAGCGGUAGCAACCUCGCCCCUUGCAACAAAGGCAGACUGAGCGCCAGAGAGGACGUUUGCCACUCAAAAAUGCAGGCUCAACAGUACCAGCAGCAGCGUCGAAAAUUUGCAGCUGCCUUCUUGGCAUUCAUUUUCAUACUGGCAGCUGUGGAUACUGCUGAAGCAGGGAAGAAAGAGAAACCAGAAAAAAAAGUGAAGAAGUCUGACUGUGGAGAAUGGCAGUGGAGUGUGUGUGUGCCCACCAGUGGAGACUGUGGGCUGGGCACACGGGAGGGCACUCGGACUGGAGCUGAGUGCAAGCAAACCAUGAAGACCCAGAGAUGUAAGAUCCCCUGCAACUGGAAGAAGCAAUUUGGAGCGGAGUGCAAAUACCAGUUCCAGGCCUGGGGAGAAUGUGACCUGAACACGGCCCUGAAGACCAGAACUGGAAGUCUGAAGCGAGCCCUGCACAAUGCCGAAUGCCAGAAGACUGUCACCAUCUCCAAGCCCUGUGGCAAACUGACCAAGCCCAAACCUCAAGCAGAAUCUAAGAAGAAGAAAAAGGAAGGCAAGAAACAGGAGAAGAUGCUGGAUUAAAAGAUGUCACCUGUGGAACAUAAAAAGGACAUCAGCAAACAGGAUCAAUUAACUAUUGCAUUUAUAUGUACCGUAGGCUUUGUAUUCAAAAAUUAUCUAUAGCUAAGUACACAAUAAGCAAAAACAAAAAGAAAAGAAAAUUUUUGUAGUAGCGUUUUUUAAAUGUAUACUAUAGUACCAGUAGGGGCUUAUAAUAAAGGACUGUAAUCUUAUUUAGGAAGUUGACUUAUAGUACAUGAUAAAUGAUAGACAAUUGAGGUAAGUUUUUUGAAGUUAUGUGACAUUUUACAUUAAAUUUUUUUUACAUUUUUUGGGCAGCAAUUUAAAUGCUGUGACUAUGUAAACUACUUCUCUUGUUAGGUAAUUUUUUUCACCUAGAUUUUUUUCCCAAUUGAGAAAAAUAUAUACUAAACAAAAUAGCAAUAAAACAUAAUCACUCUAUUUGAAGAAAAUAUCUUGUUUUCUGCCAAUAGAUUUUUUAAAAUGUAGUCAGCAAAAUGGGGGUGGGGAAGCAGAGCAUGUCCUAGUUCAAUGUUGACUUUUUUUUUUUU